UUUUUUUUUUUUUUUUUGAUAAAGAAAAAUGGAGAUGUUGCAAGGAGUAAUGGAAUUUCAGAAGAACUUGGCCAAAGAUCAUGCACAAGUGGUGCCCAUAUCAGUGUUCGUGGCUGUUUUGUGUCUCUGCGUAGUCGUUGGCCACUUGCUUGAAGAGAAUCGUUGGGUUAAUGAAUCAAUCACCGCCAUUAUCCUCGGAUGCUUAGCAGGAGGUGUAAUAUUGGCUGUAAGCAAGGGAAACAGUUCUCAUAUCCUGACUUUUAAUGAAGAACUCUUCUUCAUUUACCUUCUUCCCCCAAUAAUCUUCAAUGCCGGUUUUCAAGUCAAGAAGAAACAGUUCUUUCAGAACUUCUUAACCAUCAUGCUAUUUGGAGUUGUUGGUGUUUUCAUUUCAGCAUCAAUCAUAACAUCUGGCAGCUGGUGGCUAUUCCCAAAGGUGGGUUUUGCUGGUCUGAAUGCACGUGACUAUCUUGCAAUAGGAACAAUAUUUUCGUCAACCGAUACCGUGUGCACUCUGCAGGUUCUUCAUCAAGAUGAAACCCCUUUGCUAUACAGCCUAGUAUUUGGGGAAGGAGUGGUGAACGACGCAACAUCAGUUGUCCUAUUCAAUGCAAUCCAGAAGAUCGAUGUUACUCGGCUUAGUGCCUUGACUCCUCUCAAUGUCAUCAGGGACUUUUUGUAUUUGUUCUUAACAAGCACUGCUCUUGGGAUCACAUCUGGACUUCUGACCGCACUUGUUCUCAAGACUCUGUGCUUUGGAAGACACUCGACCAUUCGCGAAAUUACUUUGAUGGUCUUAAUGGCUUAUCUGUCAUACAUGUUGGCUGAGCUAUUCGAACUGAGUGGAAUACUCACCGUCUUCUUCUGCGGGAUUCUCAUGUCCCACUAUGCAUGGCAUAAUGUCACUUACAGCGCUCGAAUCACAACGAGGCAUGUAUUUGCAAUGAUGUCUUUUAUUGCGGAGACUUUCAUCUUUCUUUAUGUGGGAAUGGAUGCUCUUGACAUAGAGAAGUGGAAGAUGUCUAAACUAAAUAUGGGAACUUCAUUAGGCAUCUGUAGUACCUUAAUCUUACUGAUAUCAGUUGCGCGUGCCGCGUUCGUGUUCCCUCUGUCCGCUUUUUCAAAUUACAUGAAUAGAGCACAUUCCGAGAGAGGAUCUAAAAUCACAUUCAAGCACAUGAUAAUCAUAUGGUGGGCAGGGCUUAUGAGGGGAGCUGUCUCAAUUGCUUUGGCAUUUGAACAGUUCACGUUUUAUGGUGUCACAUCGGAUCCAAUCAACGCGACGAUGAUAACGACGACCAUAAUAGUAGUCCUGUUCAGUACGGUGGUGUUUGGUCUUCUAACUACGCCACUAAUUAACUAUCUGCUUCCCCAUCCCACGACCGCUAAUGACAUUAUUCGAGAAAGGAGGUACGACGACGCUAGAGAGGACAUGACACUCCCUCUUCUCUCCCUAGAAGAGUCUGCCGCAACCAACAUUCUCCGCGCAAAAGAAAGUCUGUCCAUGCUGAUGGAAAUGCCUGUGUACACCAUCCAUUCCUACUGGAGAAAGUUUGAUGAUGCCUACAUGAGACCCUUUUUCAGCGGCCCUCGCCCUGUCAGCGAGCACUCGCCAGCUUAGGCGAAUGACCAACUGAAAAAGUCACGAGUGUAUCAUAGUAAUGUGUUCAGAAAUAACUCAAAGGUAACACAACAACCACUUUUUGGAGUGUGAAGUGAUGACUCGUUAACCUUCUUGUUGCACUGAUCAAUCUUUUACGAGACUUGAAAAGUGGGGACUCGUAUUUUCGGCUGCUGCUUGGAUGGUAAUGAACUGUUUUGUGCUAUUUUUAUUACAUGGGUUUCUUACGUUUUCAAGUAUUCUAUAUAAAGCAGAAAUGGAUUAUUGAGUCUGUACAAAAGUGCUGGGCAAAAAUUGUGUUAAUAUAGAGACUUGUGUGUAUACCAAAGUGAUUUUGG